AUGCCCACGAUGACAAACUCAUAUAUCAGUAAUCUGGACUACAAGACUGCCAUGGAGAAAGGCAAGAAGAUACUCAAAAUGAUGCAUGGCGGAUCUGCUGCCACGCAAAGCCCAACCUUCACGCCCGAGGAAGUAGGAGCAAUGGGAUACAAGAGAACAAAAAGGCCUCGAUCUGUGUCUGGCCUGUCAAAAAAGUUGGACAGUCUCGGUAUUCAAGUUUCUAACUCUCACUUCAUCAAUGUUACAGACGAUUACACGAAAGACGUUAUCACUGGCGAAACACUUGCAAGCGUAAGCGAAGUGAGAUUCAUGUCCGAUAUCAACGUUGAAGCUGGAAUUCUCGUGGUGAACUACAGCUACAGCCCGACAUACAAGGCCGAGGCGUUGAAAUCGCUGUCGACCGCUCUGUUACCCUCGUUGAAGCACUGGUCCGAUAUAGCCUUCCACCAAUGGGCUCAUUCUGUUCACACCCAGAAAAAAGAAGUACACGAUCUCAACUUCAUCAUGAGAGAAAACAUCUCGAAUGAAGAUACUUUGGCCGUCAUUAAUAGUAUCCUCGACGCACCACCUCGCCAGUCACAGGCUUAUACGCGGUCGGGACUAUACCUAGACAUGAACAGCGACCAUGCCAUCGCUCUGCUGGGCACAGCACAUGGUUCAGGUGUAGCUUGGUUACUUGCGCAGCAUCGAGACCAACUUGGCCGUAAGGUAAUUGCUGGGAUAAGGAUAUUCUACAGCGACGAGCCGCCAGAGGGCGACAGAGCCCUCAACUUGCUUUUCUACCUUCGUGACGCCAGUGCGAGUAAGAAACCUAUCGAGAAGUUGUGA